AUGUAUGUCGGCAAGGAUUCAACCCAGUGCCAUGAGACACUUAAUAUUAACCAGAAUCUAGUCGGAUAUCCUGGUGGUGCCAUCCUACCAGUCUUCGAUGCCAUUUAUAAAUCGAAGCAUUUCGACUUUAUCCUUUCAAGGCAUGAACAGGGUGCUGGACAUAUGGCUGAAGGCUACGCUCGAGUCUCUGGAAAGCCAGGCGUGGUAAUUGUAACCUCCGGUCCCGGGGCCACAAAUAUGAUUACUCCCAUGGCAGACGCUCUAGCGGAUGGAACACCCAUGGUCGUCUUCACCGGGCAAGUUGCGACAGGAGCUAUAGGUAGCGAUGCAUUUCAGGAGGCUGAUAUCAUCGGGAUUUCCCGGGGCUGCACAAAGUGGAAUAUCAUGGUGAAGAGUGUGGCAGAAUUACCCAGAAGAAUCAACGAAGCAUUUCAUAUUGCGACGAAUGGCAGGCCUGGCCCAGUGCUUGUCGAUCUGCCUAAAGAUGUUACUGCGAGCAUCUUAAGGCAUGUUGUGAACACUGAGUCGAUUCCUUCACCCCGAUCAAGCCCUAUAUUGUGGGCAACGUCGGAACUUCAGCAAAGGCAACUGGACCAGUCACUUCAGAAUGUGGCCUACCUGGUUAACGCCUCCAGAAAGCCGGUGAUUUAUGCCGGUCAGGGUAUAAUCUGCUCAAAAUUGGGACCGACAAUGCUAAGAUCUCUCGCUGACAAAAGUUCCAUUCCCGUGACAACCACUCUGCACGGCCUGGGAGCCUUUGACGAGAUGGAUGAAAAGUCGCUUCAUAUGCUGGGCAUGCACGGAGCUGCGUAUGCGAACAUGGCUGUCCAGGAAGCGGACCUGAUCAUCGCCCUCGGGGCUCGAUUCGAUGACCGUGUCACUGGAAACCUGGCAAAAUUUGCCCCGGGGGCAAAAGACGCAGCUACUCGGGGCUGCGGGGGUAUUGUUCAGUUCGAAAUAAUGCCAAAAAAUAUCAACAAGGUGGUGCAAGUGACCGAGGCCGUGGAAGGGGAUGUUGGUACUAAUCUCAAACAUCUUUUGCCGAAGAUUCAAACCCGAUCAAUGGCCGAUCGUCAGGGUUGGUUUGACCAAAUCUCAGCCUGGAAAAAAACUUGGCCACUCUCCGACUUUGAACGGACUGAGAGAGCUGACAGGAUAAAACCUCAAAGCAUGGUUGAAGAAUUGAGUAGACUCACAUGCGAUCGGAAAGACAGGACCAUCAUUUCCACCGGUGUUGGCCAGCACCAGAUGUGGGUGGCGCAGCAUUUUCGCUGGCGGUUUCCUCGCACUGUAGUCACGUCAGGUGGACUCGGCACGAUGGGCUAUGGCCUACCAGCGGCUAUCGGGGCCAAAGUGGCACGACCGGACGCUCUAGUCAUCGAUGUUGAUGGUGACGCUUCGUUUGGAAUGACACUAACAGAAUUAUCAACGGCAGUUCAAUUCAACAUUGAUGUCAAAGUCAUUGUGCUCAACAACGAAGAGCAAGGCAUGGUGACUCAAUGGCAAAAUCUGUUUUAUGAGGACCGCUAUGCGCACACACAUCAUCAAAAUCCCGAUUUCAUGAAGUUAGCCGACGCCAUGGGUGUUCAGCAUCGACGGGUUAUGAAGCCUGAAGAUCUUGUGGCCAGUCUGGAAUGGCUUAUUGGCACUGAUGGACCCGCCUUGCUGGAGGUGGUGACGGACAAGAAGGUAUCUGUCUUGCCUAUGGUCCCAGCUGGGUGUGGGCUUCACGAAUUUAUCACGUGGGACAGUGGUAAGUUCCUCUUCGAGUGCAAUACCAAUGAAUAG